AUAGGUCAAAGGUGAAAACCCAAGAAGAAAGGAAGUAGCUAAGCCCCGUGUGUGUGGUCGUUUCUCCAUGGUAGGAUGUGCUGGAAAGUUGAGUCACACCAAUAGUAAAGCAGCCCAUGAGACGUAAAACUUUCACCCAAAAACUAUGAAGGCUCAACAGCACGAAUAAUCAAUUAAAAAUCACGUUUGAGAAAAAAAACAUCACAAUGGCAAGUCCACAUUGGAAGAAACAACCUCUACAAACAGCAUACGGUGGUAGAAAUUAUUCAAACUCUGGACCUCUCCAACGCUCACAAAGUUAUCCAUCGCAUAAUGGGGUUCUAAGAGAAACAGGACAAGUGGAAAAAUUAUUGUCUUCGUAUGGCUUUCUUCAGUGCUGUGAUCGGGAUGGAAGACUAUUUUUCCAUUAUAGUGAAUUUUCUGACAAUGUGGAAGAUUUGACAGUAGGAGAUGCUGUGGAAUUUGAAACGUCCGUUGAUAGAAGAACUGGAAAACCUGUAGCUUGCAAACUUGUGAAGCUGAAGAAUGGGACCGUAUCCACAGAGAUAUUGAGCGAGGAGAAAGUUACUGGUUACAUUGUCAGUGAGGCUAAGCUACCCAAGUCUAGAAAUGGGGGAAUAAAUGGAGAAAGUGGUCAAGUGACUUAUGAAAUGAAUGGGGAAUGCUUUUUCUUAAAUUAUAUGAUUCAAGAUGUGGAAACUAAAGACACAAGAUUGAAGAAAGAAGAUAAAGUUUUGUUCAACAUUGCCACGAACAAAAGAGAUGGCAGCGUGCAUGCAUGUAAUAUGACAUUAUUGGAAUCUUUUGUUGUGCCUCGGUAUCAAGCAAUUGUCUGCUCAAUGAAGGAAUCGUUUGGUUUUCUGGAGAGAGCUGAUGUUGUAAAAGAGAUUUUUUUUCAUUACAGUGAAUUUGAGGGUGAUAUAAAUGAGCUUGUUUUAGGAGAUGAUGUUGAAUAUGACAUUGCAAUUCGAAAUGAUAAAGAGGUAGCCAUUAACAUUAAAAAGCUACCACCCGGCACUGUGGUGUUUGAGGAAAUAUCAGAAGAGAAGUAUGUUGGUCACAUUUCUAAGGUGAUACCGAGAUUCAGCAAUCGACGUCAAACAGAACCGUUUCCAGGGAAGCUCAUAUUUGAGACGCCAGAUGGAGGGAAAAGAGAACUUUCAUUUGGUGAAAAAGAUGUGAUAGGAAGUUACACACUAAAUGAGGAUGAUAUGGUGGAGUUUCAGAUAGCCACAGACAAGAGGGAUCUCCUACAGCGAGCUACUAAUAGCAAAUUCAGGAUGGAGACAUUUGAAAAUAUGAAAGAAUCCAGAGAAAUGGGUGUAGUUGCAGCGAUAAAGGAAGGUUUUGGAUUCAUUAAGUGCGUGAACCGUGAACCAAGAAUGUUCUUCCAUUUCAGUGAACUCCUGGAACCGGGAGAUCUUCAUAUAUCUGAUGAAGUAGAGUUCACUGUUAUUCCAGAUCCUAAUGCUCCAAAGCGACAGAUUGCUGUUCGUAUCCGACAACUUCCAAAGGGAUCUGUAAGCUUUGAAAUCGUACAACCGGAACGUAUUCAAGGAACUGUGGAAAAAGUACCAACAAAUAUGUGGGGCAAGAGUCCAGGUAAAUGCAGUAAAGAUAAAGAACUUGACCGUGGAUUAAUAAGUUACCAAAUGAAUGGAAAGAAACAGACUAUCGCUUACCAUGCUAAAGACACAGAUAUACGCACACCACCAAACACAGGUGAUCAGGUCGAAUUCAAUCUAGCGGAAGUGAAAAAAGACAGCACGCAGACAGCUGUCAAUGUUGUCGUACUAAAUCGUGGUGAAGAAACAACAAAGUAUGGCUAUAUAUCUGUUCUAAAAGACAGCUUUGGAUUCAUAGAAACUGAACAACAUGAUAGAGAAGUCUUCUUCAGAUACAGUGAGGUUAAUGGUGACAUCAAUGAAUUUGAGCUCGGGGAUGAGGUUGCGUUUACAAUGGUGCGACGCAGCACCAGAGUACAUGCCGAGAACAUCAGGAAGCUGGCCAAGGGAACUCUUCCCGGUGAGGUAGUGAAGCCGGAUGUGCAGCUAGGUCAGGUGGUACGACCACUUCGCAAUAUUGACCCACAGCAAGAGGAAUACGAAGGUCUUGUUCAGUUGAUACAGGAAGAUGAAUCUGAAGGGGAAGUGUACUCAUACUGCAUCACUGGCCUCACUGAUAAACAUGAGUUCUUGCAAGCUGGUGAUAAAGUGCGUUUUCAGAUUGGCGUUUCAAGGACCGAUGACAAAGAAUGGGCUUGUAACAUCACAGCACUUAGAAAGUUUAUUCGCAGUAAAGUGGACUCACUCAAGGGACAGUAUGGAUUCAUUGACUAUGAGAUGGAAGAAGGCAAAAAGCUGUUUUUCCACAUGAGUGAGGUUCAGGAUGGCAUUGACCUGCAGGUUGGGGAUGAGGUAGAGUUUGUAAUGAUAUGCAACCAGCAGAACGGUCGCUAUAGUGCCGUCAAUGUUCGCAGACUCAGUAAUCGUCAGCGACCUGAACAUCUUGUGCACAAGUUGAAAACGAACCAAUCUUUAGAAAAGCGUGGCCCUCGUUUCAUCGUCACCAGACAGCCACGUGGCCCAAACGGUACUAAAGGGUUUGAGCUACAACGACAAGUGCCGUAGUCCUGGAGAUGAUGUGAUCACUAUCCUGCUAAAAGCAUAUUGGUAAUAACUAAUGAGAAGAAGAAUGCGUCUUUUAAUGUAAUUUUGCUACGUAUAUAAUGAAAGUAUUCUUUUUUUUUAAAUGGAAUGAGCCCUUAAGCAAUAAAAAGAUUUGUUAAGAUUGAAGUGGUGCUAUGAAAGAAGUACAGUAAAUGGAUUUCAACAAUAACUUCCGUAUAUUUUAAAAUAAAGUUUUCACAGGAGUAUUCAGAAAAAUGUUUUUAAAAUAAUAUGAACAAUUUCCAAAAUAUAUUUACCCCUAUUUUAUAAAUCUCUGCUUUUCAUAUUAUCAUUUAUGUUGUUUUUAUCAUGUCUUAUAUCAUGCAAAAAUGGAUUCAUUAAGAGGCCUUGUUAAGUGAAAUCUGUGUUAGUUGUCCACCUAAUAUGAAAAUAAGAGUUAUUCAAUAAAUAAGGAUAUUCAAAAAUAUAUUGGAAGCUUAAUUUCUCCCUCACUAUCCAAAAUUUGUAUUUAUUUUUGUUUGUUGGUAAAUAUUGUUUAUUGAUUGUAAUUCUGAAGUAAAAAGUGUAUCACAACCUUAGUGGAAUGUUUACGUCAUUCUUUUCUUUUCUUGGAUGGAGCUUCUGAAAGUGAUUGACCAAUGUAUUCUGACUAAAACCAUCAAGUUAAGGCUGGCAAUUCAAGGAUAAGAAAUUGUUGACGAGCUUGGCCCGGGUCCUCGUCCUUUAUGAGGGUAUCAAUGACCAGCAGUUUAAUACUUCAACCUGACAAAAGCAAUUAUACCAUCUCUGCAAAUCUGAUCCAUGUUCGUUUUUUUUCUGAUUGGUUUAAUGUCUGAAUAAUGACAUGUAAAAGUAGAACUUUAGGAUAUUAUUUGUAAAGAAUAUUGCUCUUAUCUAUCAAAUUAAGAUCAUUUUUCAGUUUGAGACAACUUCAUUAUUAAAUACGAUGGUCUGCAUCACUAAUUACUCAUAUUCCCUCUUUAGAACCACAUUAUAUACCGUAUAUCACAUGUGCAAUUUGUGUAGAUUGGAUGAAGCUAGAAUAAUUAUAUCCCGCUUCAUAAUAUAUAGCUGAAUUAUGCAAGAAUAGUAAUUGUCAUUUUUUUAAAUCCAGUGCACUAUGUAUUAUUAUUGAAUGGUAUUGUCAAGUCAACUCCGAAUCAUGUUUGUAACUUAUCGAUACAAUAUGUAUUUUUAAAAAUCAAUGAAGAUUCAUUCUGUACAUGAGAACCUGUAACAGUAAAUAUUAUGUUAAUGAGAAAAGAAGGUGUUUCAUUACUAUAAAUAAAUGCUUAUCUUUUUGUUUUUAUGUAUGUUAUAUAUAUGUGCAUGUUCUUAAAAAAGAUGGGACAAAGAAGAUGAAUAAAGGAAAGAAUCGACAAAGA